CUUUUUACAAGAGACUGUGGGAGAAGACCGGCUCAUUCAUCAUUGAGAACGUCUACCUGCCUGCAGCCCAGGCCAGAGAUAUGGGCACUUUCAACACUACUGUAGAUAUCAAACUUCGCCAGUGGGCUGAGGUCCAGCUACCCAAGAAAUGUGUGGAGAUUGGCUGGGACACCUUGCAUGAAGAGUUCACACAGCUGCUGGAAUCACACAAGAAGAGCAAGGACUAUGACGAGGUCUUUGAUAAUCUCAAAGCUGCUGUGGUGCAGAUGUCCAAGCUCAAACAUCAUUGGGAGAGCAAGGCGGAGGACAGUCUGAGAGUUAUCCAGCUGAACACGCUGGAGGACAGGUCAGUGCAUGACAAGGAGCAGUGGGACAAGGCCGUCCGCUUCAUGGAGGAGACCAUGAAGGAGAGGUUGACACAGACGGAGAAGGAGCUGGAGAAUUUGACAGGUCCAGGAGUCCUGAAACAAUGGUUGACCUGGUCAAGGCGCUCGGAGGAGCAUGCUAGAGUCUGGGCAGUCAGGAACGAGCUAGAGAAGAUGUUGAGUGCAGAUCCAGAGCAUAAAGCCCAUUUGGCUGCAGAUGAGCUGACAACCGUCCGACGGAACUUGAUGAAUCAGAAUGUGGAAGUUGAUGGGGAGAUGAUCAGGGAGACCUGGUACUAUGUCUACCGCCGCCACUUCUACAAGAAAGCCUUCCAGCAGGCCAUGGAUUGUAAGAAGGGAUUCUACUACUACCAGAAAGGAUUUCAGGAUCAGGAGGUCAACUGUAACGCUGUCGUUUUGUUUUGGCGGCUACAGCGAAUGUUGCAAGUCACAGGCAAUGCUUUACGCCAGCAGGUCGUUAACAAUGAAGCUCGAAGACUGGAAAGGAUCGUCAAGGAGGUGCUGGAUGAGAUCGGAGAUAACAAGGCCCUGCUCGAGAGUCUGCUGACCGGACGUAGAGUGCAGUUGGCGGAAGAACUCAAGAAAGUUCGCCAGAUACAAGACAAGCUGGAGGAGUUUAUCCAAGCACUCAACAAGGAGAAGUGA